AUGGUGAUGGGGGCACGGAACUUAAACCCAUUUCCCUACCAUGCUGAAUACAUGGGACACAAGCUUCACAUGGACCAGAAUGAAAAGUUGGUGAUGUUUGGGGCCACACAUGUCUUAGCCAUUGAUGGCUUGACUUCUAAGAUUGUUGGUCAUUCAACCAUGCCUGUGAAAAAUAACCUCAUAAUUUAUGAGAAUGUUUACAGACCAGCGGUUUUGGAAUAUGGAAUGUGGGAUCAAGUAAGGGUAGACCACGGGAAAGAGUUUUACCUGACUCUAUUUAUCCAACAACAACUGUCAGGUUACAGAAACAACCUGGACAGAGCACCUUACCUACAAACCAAAUCAACAAGGAAUCACAGAAUUGAGCGGAUUUGGCCUGAAAUGAACAACAGGGUCAACUACCCAAUAAAGACAGCUUUAGUCAAUCUACUUGACCAAGAGCGGAUCAACAUGGAAGACAGUACUGUGAGGUUCUGUGUUUCUAAUCUGACAUGUCAGAUUGCCAGCAUUGGGAUCAACAGAGUUGUGGACUCAUGGAAUGCCCAUAGAAUUCCAGGCAGAGGAGUUCCAAACAUUUUGGCACCACAUGGCUGUGUCAAGAAGGUCACAGAGGAUCUCCUACCCUGUGCCUCAUCAGCAGCGGAUCUUUAUGAGGCAGACACCAGAUCGUCAUUGACCAGAUCCUCAACAUUUGGCAUCUACCCGUUUGGAAAUGCAGAAGAGCAAGCCCAAGUGGAGAGACACUUUGAAGAACAGUUUCCAGACAUGACAGUCAUGUAUGACAAUGUAAUAAACAAUACAUAUACGCCCUUCCAGGAUGCUCUUAUGCAUCUGAUCCAUCUUACUCAACUGUAAACCUAUGAAAAGAUAACUUCCUCUUACCGAGGUUCAAAUUUUCGGUCCUAAAAAAUAUAGAAAUAAUUUUUCCAAUCUGACCUUAGACCUAGACGGCGUCAAAGUCUCUCAAAGCCAGCUAGUAAAAAAUUUAGGAGUCACAAUGGACCCAGACCUUUCGUUUGAGUACCAUAUUAAGCAAAUUACUAGAACUGCAUUUUUCCAUCUACGUAAUAUUGCCAAAAUACGAAAAUUUCUCUCAAAGGAUGAUGCCGAAAAACUAAUACAUGCAUUUGUUACGUCCCGAUUGAACUAUUGCAAUGUGUUGUUCUCUGGCCUCCCAAUUACCCACCUAAAAUAUUUACAGCGGGUGCAAAAUGCUGCUGCUAGACUAUUGACCAGAACAAGAAAGUUUGAUCACAUAACAUCUACUCUUGUCUCUCUACACUGGCUCCCUAUCCAAGCCAAAGCUGACUUCAAAGUUCUACUACUAACCUACAAAUCUCUGCAUGGAUUGGCACCACUGUACCUCUCCGGUCUCCUUGCACCUGAAGGAUUCUUAUUCUAUGUGUCUAUUCCAAUAUGUAAUGAUGGUAUUCAAUGACACAAAUCUGUGUUCUAGAAAGAGUGGUCUGGAGUCGCAGAGGUCCGAUAAUAUCAGCUUUAAUGCAGCAGUUGGAAAUCAACAAGUACAGAGCUCUGGGGUUGUCUAAGUUUCCCUACCCGCAACAGAGUUUGGGCUGGUUCACGAAGUCCAACUGGCUAUCUGUCCCUCCCCAGCAUAUAUUUAUACAGUGCAAUUGAAACACAAGUAUCAAAAAAGGGUUGACCUUGUUCUCUCGUGCAUCAGGGAGUUGUUCUUGCCUACGCGUCCCACCUGCUCGGGUGCCGUCUCCACCCGGUUUCAAGGUUGUUUCUAAAAAUGAAGAGAUAGAGACACAAAGAACAGCCUGCUUCCCACACUCAGUGUGAGACCCAAUGUUUAAGCCUGAGCACACUUCUAAGUUCAUAACUUUAAUAAGCACAAUGCAUAACUUUAAUAAGCACAAUAUAUUCUUUAAUCCCUCUUUUGAUCUCUGAAAACACCAGAGAUCAAUCAACAUAGCCCGGACCAACCACCGCCUCCUCGUCCUGGUCAGCCAGCCCCAGCAAUGGCAUUUGGAACCCCUUCGUCGGGUUCUCCUCAGCCGAGACAAUGAUCCUGUUACACAGGGACCUGAUACAUGGGAUACAGCAACAAUCAUGUUGAUAUUGAUAUAGCACACUCUUAAGUAAAAUAGCGGAAACCUACUUAGUCCAGUACAAUUCUAGUGUGGUCAAGCAGUAUCACUCUUGACCUAGUCGUAACCCUCUUUUCUGGACUCUCUUCGUAGCAAUAGCAAAAGGUUCACUGGCCCUUCUCCACCAACUCCUGCAACGUACGGCUGGAUUCUGGAGCAGCACAACACAUGCUCCAGUGGUACCACGUACUUCCUUUCCCCAGCACCCUUAGGGCGUGCAAGGUUCUCUCGAUGACCUUGAAUGGUCAUGUCCAUAAAUGUACAACAGGCUUCCCCGAACAUCUGAUGAUGUAUUGGGGCAGGUGGGACAGGGUCUUCAAGGGAAUGGGGCCUUAGAACAGGGGUUAGGUAGUCAGACCCGCCGGUCUGACUCGUCCUGAAGCAGAAAAGAGUUACAGUCCCAGCAUCACCUUAUCUCCCAUGAUCAAGCAGUAACUGAGUCAAAUGAGAUGCAAACAGUCGAACACCAAUGAUUAAACACAGAUAUUGAAAUCAAGAACCCAUUUCAGGAUUUAAAGUGGAUAUUUUUAAAGUUCAAAUAAAUCCCUCCUUUCACACCCUUAUAGGGUGUGACAACAAACCCAAAUUCAAAAAAUAUCCCAUUACCGAUUACACAAUGUUGACAUACAAUAAUGAUGAGACUAUGCAGCGUUAUAGCCAAGUGGUGUGGACACACUGGACACAGUGGGAAAACCCUAAUGAUGUUAUAGGGGAAAACCCACCGUCACUCCAGAGUGGACAUUCGACAUCCAUGUAUCCACGGCAGACCUGGACAUGCUCACAGGCCCCCUUCACCACAUACAUACAACUUUAGCCAAGCUUUUAGAAUUGCAAUAAAAUAAACUAAAUUCGAAACAAAUAGAAAAACCAGAAAUUAGACAGGAUAUAAGUUCUCAUAAGAUCCCUCCUUUCAUUGAUAACUUUAAUCAAUACCCAAUCUCCUCGUUUGACUCCUCCACUCUUUGGUUUACUGCUUCAUCUGGAACAGAAUUUAGCAGGACGAGCCCCCACUAUUAGUCAUGCCUAGAAAUGACAAUUUCUUUGUUCCCUUCUUUAGAAAAUCAACUGGUAGUCUAAUUUCUUUCACUCCAAAAAACCUUUUCUGUCUGUUAAAACAGUUAAGUUUAAGACCAAUAUUGUUUUAGAUUCUCUAUUUUACCAAAUCACAGCUCUUUUUAUCAAAGAUAUGAUAAAAGCAAUUUUCAUUAUGCCAAACCAGAAUCUGUAUGCGUCUUAAAUGAAAUAUAGACCAAAUAAUGUUCUUAAUGUAGCUAUUAACCAAACAUUUUUCCCAAAUAUAUUUUCUAUAAAGGUCAGAUAGGUAUAACUUCAUAACUCGUUUUGCUGCAGUUCAAAACGAGCCAAUUAGCUUAAACCAUCAUAACCACAAUUUAUCAGACUUGAUGAGUCUUCCCAAAUUAUUUCAGAACUGAAUGUUAUAAUAUUCCUCUUCAUGCACUAAUACCAUUUAUCAAUACAACAUUAUCACAGCCUAACUGUUUAUCCCAAACAGUAUGCCAGGCUUUGAUAAAACUCUCAAAUAAAACUUAAAACCAAAUUACAAUUAAACUCCAAAUAAAAGUACAUUUAGUUAUUUUCUCUUUCUCAUUUUUAACCAAAUUACAUCUAAUACCUUUAUCAAAACUCUUAAAAACCCUAGAUUUUACUAUUUUGACUUAAAAUGUUAUCCCAUAUACCUUUCCAAUUGCUUCCUCAUAAUUUUUCACAUACAUUUCCUCAAACCAUUCUUUGACCAACACAGCUGGUUUGCUCUAGUAUAACUCUUCCAAUUGUAUUAGAACCAAUUUAUAAACCAGGGGUUCAAUUUCUGCAUUUUAACUGAAUACCCUCACACAUCACAGAUUUUCCGCCUAUAAAUCCAAGUUCUGGUCGGAAAGGCUUUAAAAAAAAACCCUCCCUGUUUGGCUAGGAAUUAUAACAAAUGUUGAUCACGCAUUUGUUAACCACCAAACUUGGGAUUCAUCUAAACGAACACAUCUAUCAGCAUUAAUACUCACAUAAUUAUGCAGAACUAUACCCUCUGGGAUCACCUUUGUAAGAUCUCAAGUAACAGGACUCUUUUAGCCCCCACCUUUCUCCAACUCUCCUCGGGAUUUCUGUAACUUCUUGGUCAAAGAAAAAAGCACGAGAUUGAUAAAAGUGAGUGAUUUCACAAUUUAAAAACUUGUUAGACUUUGCACCGAAGGCAAUUACGGUCCUUGGAGGACACCUAGUGGAUCUUUUUAUUUUUUAUUUUAUUUUUUAAAGAACGACAGAUCUGUUUAAAAUACCGUUCAGCUCAACCCGACUCCACACAAAUAGACAGUGAAAAAGACAAAGACAACGAGUUUAGGGACUCUAACCCCUGGAAAGGACUCUAACCUCCCCUUGGACAAGGACAACGAGUUUAGGGACUCUAACCCCUGGAAAGGACUCUAACCUCCCCUUGGACAAGGACAACGAGUUUAGGGACUCUAACCCCUGGAAAGGACUCUAACCUCCCCUUGGACAAGGACAAAACACAAAAACGGUUGAUUUCCCACCACUGUUGGUUUGACUAGGUACGAUGAAACAUAGUAAUCGUCUAAAUUUGGUUCUCAGUUCCGAAUAGCAGUACUUUGAAUUAACAGGUGUCUGCUUACCUUUUUUUUAAAUGUUGAGGCGCCUCUGACGAUUACGUCUGCCUCCUCGUACCGGUGUAUGGGUCUCUCUCCCGAUCUGUCGGUCGGGCCGGAACCCUCUGGACUCCCUCUUUUCAGCGUCGGGGUCACCAUUUGAAGGAUUCUUAUUCUAUGUGUCUAUUCCAAUAUGUAAUGAUGGUAUUCAAUGACACAAAUCUGUGUUCUAGAAAGAGUGGUCUGGAGUCGCAGAGGUCCGAUAAUAUCAGCUUUAAUGCAGCAGUUGGAAAUCAACAAGUACAGAGCUCUGGGGUUGUCUAAGUUUCCCUACCCGCAACAGAGUUUGGGCUGGUUCACGAAGUCCAACUGGCUAUCUGUCCCUCCCCAGCAUAUAUUUAUACAGUGCAAUUGAAACACAAGUAUCAAAAAAGGGUUGAGCUUGUUCUCUCGUGCAUCGGAGUUGUUCUUUCCUACGCGUCCCACCUGCUCGGGUGCCGUCUCCACCCGGUUUCAAGGUUGUUUCUAAAAAUGAAGAGAUAGAGACACAAAGAACAGCCUGCUUCCCACACCCAGUGUGAGACACAAUGUUUAAGCCUGAGCACACUUCUAAGUUCAUAACUUUAAUAAGCACAAUGCAUAACUUUAAUAAGCACAAUAUAUUCUUUACACCCUAUUGCCCCGCAAGGACACUUAGAUCUCAAGAUGCCGGCUAUCUGGUGGUUCCCAAAAUUAAGAAAAAAACAGCUGGAGGUAGGGCGUUCUCAUAUAGAGCGCCUCUUCUCUGGAAUAAACUACCCGUCUCAAUUAGGGAGUCUGAUACUGUUUCGACGUUUAAUAUUAGGUUAAAAACGUUAUUGUUUAGUCAAUUCUACGACUGUUAAAGGUAAGUAUGUUACUAGUUGGAGGCAACGGGGGACGGGUUGUUUCCAUCCUUAUUCUUUAAGUAUAACUUAUUUUAGAGUUCUCUUCCCCUGGAACAGAUUUCAUGUUUCAAAUGAGGGGGGCUGUCGCUGUCUUGGUGUGUGGGGUUGCAUCAAAUUCCCCUUUUUUGCUCUGUUAAAUUGCUGCACCAGUCCACACUUGACCGGUGGGGAUCUCAUUCUAUUAUGACUGUAACUGUUAGCUGCUCCUGGCAUUCUCUAAUCCCUGCUCUCCUCUCUCUGUCCCCCCCCACACACAUCCCUUGUGGUGUGGGGGGUUUGAGUUGUCAGCACCUGCCUGGUCGUCGGUCAGCCAACGCUGGACCUGGUCGCGAGUCUCCCGGUCCUGUCCUACAUCUAUAAAGUUGAAUAAUGGAUUUUGGUGUUUUAAAAACCCAUCGACACUGUAUGACUAUGUUUAGCCUGUGUUCUGCUCCUCUCUCCCACCAACCGUCUCUGGAGGAGGGGAUCCCUCUCUGAAUUGCUCCUCCCAAGGUUUCUUCCAUUUUUUUUUUUUUUUUUCUCCUGUUGAGAGUUUUUUGGGAGUUUUUCCUUGUCUUCCUUGAGGGUUUAGGUUGGUUGAGGGGCAGUUCUAUGGGCAUAUGUGAAGCCCUCUGUGACAUGCUUGCGUGUAAAAAGGGCUAUACAAAUACAUUUGAUUUGAUUUGAUCUUUCCCGGAGACAAACAACUGCAUGCAUACACACACACAAACGCGUUAACACCCUUAACAUCUGUUGUUGCCUUAUUAAGUGUUGACAUAUACAGUUUGUAUAUAAAAAAGUUCAACGCCAUGUUGCCCUUUUGCAUUUGUCUGUAAUAAAAUUGAUUUGAAAC